AUCACGAAGUGGGGAAACCGGUUUGACAUCUGGGCCACUUGGGGUGGGGUCUCUUCUCCUGGGCUCUGUCUGCCAGCCAUUCUGCCGGGUGGACUUCAGGGAAGAGAUGUGGGCACUAGGUGGCCUUUUCUUGACCAUUUGAACUGCUUUUGGGAAUGCCAGGAGUAAAUAAAAAGGACAGAGGGCUCAGCCCACCUGCCCCUCUCGAAGCGAGGAUUCUGAGAGGAGGAACUGGCCACCGAACCCGAGGGAAGGAAGGAGGGAGAAGCCUGAGCACAAAAGGUCAACCCGUGUCUGGGUCCAAGUUGGAGAUGGAGAAGUCUGCGGAAUCACCAGAUCCGGAGCGGAGCAGCCCCCCCAUGCUGUCUGCCGACGAUGCCGAGUACCCUCGGGAAUACCGGACCCUGGGGGGUGGGGGCAGCGGAGGCAGUGGGGGCCGGCGCUUCUCCAAUGUGGGGCUGGUGCACACCUCCGAGCGGCGGCACACGGUGAUUGCUGCCCAGAGCCUGGAGGCGCUCAGCGGGCUCCAGAAGGCGGAUGCUGACCGCAAGCGAGAUGCGUUCAUGGACCAUCUGAAGAGCAAGUACCCCCAGCAUGCCCUGGCCCUGCGAGGUCAGCAGGACAGGAUGCGGGAGCAGGUCGGCGGCUGGACCGUGGACCCUGUGUGCCUCCUCAGCUCCCUCUGUUCCCACCUCCACGGCGAUUCCACCCCCUCCGGGGCUGGCCAGCCUGCCCAGACCCGCAGCUCGCGCCAUACUCAGGGAGCCCAGCCGGGGCUGGCAGACCAGGCAGCCAAGCUGUCCUACGCCUCGGCUGAGUCGCUGGAGACCAUGUCCGAGGCCGAGCUGCCCCUGGGCUUCAGCAGGAUGAACCGCUUCCGACAGAGCUUGCCUCUCUCCCGCUCUGCCAGCCAGACCAAGCUGCGCUCACCAGGGGUCCUGUUCCUGCAGUUCGGGGAGGAGACCCGACGCGUACACAUCACGCAUGAGGUCAGCAGUCUGGACACGCUGCACGCACUCAUCGCGCACAUGUUCCCGCAGAAGCUCACCAUGGGCAUGCUUAAGUCGCCCAACACCGCCAUCCUCAUCAAAGACGAAGCUCGGAACAUCUUCUACGAGCUGGAGGACGUCCGGGAUAUCCAGGACCGCAGUAUUAUUAAGAUCUACAGGAAGGAGCCACUGUAUGCUGCUUUUCCUGGCUCGCACCUCACUAACGGGGACCUGCGGAGAGAGAUGGUGUACGCGUCGCGGGAGUCGUCGCCCACGCGGCGCCUCAACAACCUGUCGCCCGCAUCGCACCUAGCAUCUAGCUCGCCACCUCCAGGGCUCCCAUCGGGCCUGCCGUCCGGCCUGCCGUCGGGCUCGCCCUCGCGCUCACGCCUCUCCUAUGCUGGGGGCCGCCCGCCCUCUUAUGCCGGCAGUCCGGUGCACCACGCGGCUGAGCGACUGGGAGGUGCCCCGGCCAGCCAGGGCGUCAGCCCUAGCCCCAGUGCCAUCCUGGAGCGGCGCGACGUGAAGCCGGACGAGGACCUGGCAGGCAAAGCAGGCGGCAUGGUGCUGGUGAAGGGCGAGGGACUCUAUGCCGAUCCCUACGGACUUCUGCACGAGGGCCGCCUGAGCCUGGCCGCCGCGGCGGGGGACCCGUUCGCAUACCCGGGCGCAGGUGGCUUGUACAAGCGGGGCUCGGUACGCUCGCUCAGCACCUACUCUGCCGCCGCCCUGCAGUCCGACCUGGAGGACUCGCUGUAUAAGGCAGGCGCUGGAGGCCCUCUCUAUGGCGAUGGUUACGGCUUCCGCCUGCCGCCUUCGUCCCCGCAGAAGCUGGCCGACGUGUCGGCGCCUUCUGGGGGACCCCCGCCCCCGCACAGCCCCUACUCGGGGCCGCCCAGCCGUGGCUCGCCGGUGCGCCAGUCCUUCCGCAAAGACUCGGGCUCCUCGUCCGUCUUUGCCGAGAGUCCCGGAGGCAAGGCCCGCAGCACUGGGAGCGCCUCGACGGCCGGAGCACCACCUUCCGAGCUUUUCCCUGGACCUGGGGAGCGCUCUCUAGUAGGAUUCGGGCCGCCGGUGCCAGCCAAGGACACAGAGACCAGGGAACGCAUGGAGGCCAUGGAGAAGCAGAUCGCUAGCCUCACAGGGCUGGUGCAGAGCGCCCUCCUGCGAGGCUCAGAGCCCGAGACCCCAAGUGAGAAGAUUGAAGGCUCCAAUGGAGCAGCCACCCCCUCAGCGCCGUGCGGAUCGGGUAGUCGGAGCAGCGGGGCCACUCCGGUGUCGGGCCCUCCCCCACCCUCAGCCAGCGGCACCCCUGCAGGGCAGCCCACUGCUGUCAGCCGGCUGCAGAUGCAGCUGCAUUUGCGGGGCCUACAGAACAGCGCUAGCGACCUGCGUGGCCAGCUUCAGCAGUUGCGCAAGCUCCAGCUCCAGAACCAGGAAUCAGUACGCGCGUUGCUGAAGCGCACCGAGGCGGAGUUGAGCAUGCGUGUGUCGGAGGCGGCGCGGCGGCAGGAGGACCCGCUGCAGCGGCAGCGCACCCUGGUGGAGGAGGAGCGGUUGCGCUACCUCAAUGACGAGGAGCUCAUUACUCAGCAGCUCAAUGACCUAGAGAAGUCAGUGGAGAAGAUCCAGAGGGAUGUGACCCAUAACCACCGCCUGGUACCCGGUCCUGAACUGGAAGAGAAGGCGCUGGUGCUGAAGCAGCUUGGGGAGACGCUAACAGAGCUCAAGGCUCAUUUCCCAGGCCUGCAGAGUAAGAUGCGCGUCGUGCUGCGUGUAGAGGUGGAGGCAGUGAAGUUCCUGAAGGAGGAACCUCAGCGCCUUGAUGGACUUCUCAAGCGCUGCCGGGGGGUCACUGACACGCUGGCCCAGAUCCGCAGGCAAGUGGAUGAGGGUGUGUGGCCACCCCCCAACAAUCUCCUGAACCAGUCUCCCAAGAAAGUGGCAGCUGAAACAGACUUCAGCAAAGGCUUGGACUUUGAAAUACCACCCCCCAGCCCUCCGCUGAAUCUCCAUGAGCUGAGUGGGCCUGCCGAAGGAGCCCCUCUUACCCCAAAGAGCAGUAACCCCACCAAAGGCCUGGAUGCUUCCGGCAAGAGAAGCGCGGACAAAGCAGUGUCUGUUGAGGCUGCGGAGAGAGACUGGGAAGAGAAGCGGGCAGCCCUGACCCAGUACAGCGCCAAGGACAUCAACCGGCUGCUGGAGGAGACACAGGCUGAGCUGCUCAAGGCCAUCCCGGACCUGGACUGUGCCAGCAAAGCCCACCCAGGACCCACCCCCACCCCAGACCACAAGCCCCCCAAGGCGCCCCAUGGUCAGAAGGCAGCCCCCCGGACAGAGCCCAGUGGGAGAAGAGGUUCAGAUGAGCUCACGGUGCCCAGAUACCGCACAGAGAAGCCCUCCAAGUCACCCCCGCCACCCCCUCCCCGCCGGAGUUUCCCUUCCUCCCACGGCCUGACCACCACACGCACCGGAGAGGUGGUGGUCACCAGCAAGAAAGACUCAGCCUUCAUCAAGAAGGCUGAGUCUGAGGAGCUGGAGGUCCAGAAGCCCCAGGUGAAGCUCCGCCGGGCCGUGUCUGAGGUGGCCCGCCCUGCCUCCACGCCACCCAUCAUGGCCUCUGCCAUCAAGGAUGAAGACGAUGAGGAGCGCAUCAUCGCUGAGCUGGAGGUCUUUGAAAGAAGUUCAGUAUCUUCCCUUCCCCCUACGCCCCGUCGCCAGCCGAUCCCCACCUUGCUGUCCCCCCAGGACCUGGGGUCCCCUGGGGGCUCAGCUCUGAGCUCCCCAUGGAAGGCUGCCUCAGGUCCCAGGGUUCUCUGUAUCCCUCAGAUCAUCUUGACAGAAUGCACUUCCGGCUCUCCCUCUCUGCCAGAGAGCAGCUUAGAGGAACUGGACCCCAGGACAGUCCCCACACCAAGACCCCGGACCUUGGCUGGCAGCAGAAGGGUUUGCCAUGGCUCACAGGCCUUGCUGGGAUUAGCUGCUGAGGUACUCAGGCCGAGGAGCAGCUCACUGUCCAGAAAAGAACAGACAAUUCUACGGAGCCCAGACAAUGCGGAAGCCGGAGUUCUCUGUCCUUGGGGACCAUCGCUAGAUGAGACUCAGCCUGCUGAGACCCACUCAGAGGAGACCCCUCCAAACUCUGGAUGUGACAGUCAAGCUUGCAGUAGAGGAGAACAGGCCGUCGGUUCAGGCCACCCAGUACAGGAUGCUACCCCACUGCGUAUGGACAGUCUGGAGGAGACGCUCCAGGAGCUAGAAGCCACCCUGAGCGAGAUGGGCACCAACACCACUAUGGCGUGUCUAAGCGUCCCCCAGUCCCCACCCUCAUCCCCUCAGAGUGGUGGUGGCACUGUGCCACCCAUGAAGGUGGUGACUCCAGGAGCCUCUCGGCUGAAGGCAACCCAGGGCCCAGCAGGCAGCCCCGACAAAGGCAAGCACAGCAAGCAAAGGGCGGAGUACAUGAGGAUCCAGGCCCAGCAGCAGGCCACUAAACCAUCUAAAGAAAUGAGCGGGUCGAAUGAGACCUCGAGCCCAGUCUCAGAAAAGCCCUCUGGUUCCAGAACCUCCAUCCCCGUAUUGACUUCCUUUGGGGCAAGGAAUUCUUCCAUCUCCUUCUAGAAGCCCUCACACCACCACCUGGCCUGCCCCUCCCUCCCUCCCUCCCUCCUGCCAUUGUCCCCCUGCUUCCUUUCAUGCCCACUCCACCCUCCCAACUCUCACCCCUGAAGGGUUUUGGGGCCAUGGCCCUCAGCUCUCUCAUCCCCUCUCGGUGUUUUUGGUUUUUUGAGUGAUUCUCUUUUAAUGAUCUUUUUUCUUUUUUUCUUUUCUUUUUUUUUCUUUUUAAAGAGCAAAAGAGAAAACUAAAAACCAAACACACCGAUUUUCCUUGACUUCCUGUUCCCUAACGGGGAGGGGGGCCCCCCUCGGCCUACUUCCUGUCAUCUUCUCUCCCUCUGCUCUUUCACCCUCUUCCUCCCAAGUCCAUCCAACGUCCCCACCUCCCCUAACUUCCCAAGAACACUUGGAACCAACUCUGAGCCACGGAGACUUGUUGCAGCGGAGAUUCCCCCCUCCCUGGGUUCCUUCCUGGAGGAACUAAUGGACGUGGACAGACCCAGCAUCAGACUGGACGACUGACCAGGGAGACAGACCCUGGCCUGGGAGACGCCCCACUGCCUGUCCAGCCUUUGAAGAAACACGCCUCUGCUGCUGUCCUGCGGUUUCCUCUUGACCCAGGGUGGGCCGUAGGCAGGCCUGCUGGAUGGGAUUGCCAGAGAAGAGGCCAAGGCUGGGGGGGGGGGGCACUUGGUGCAAGGGGAAGAGCCGGCUCACUGUUGCUCAGUGUCUGGCUGGUGCUAGUUAAGGAUAGAGGAGCCCCCCCUUUCUGGUGGGAGCCCCCUGUUCUGGUGGGAGCCCCCUGUUCUGGUGGGUGGCUCCCCCCGUUCUGGUGGGUUGCUCCUGCGUUCGGUCUGCCCCUAGGGCUCUGCCUUGGGAGAGGGCAACCCUGAGCAGGGCACUUGGUAACUUUUAGUUUCCUAAUUUAGCACUUUAA